AUGAAAGAUUACCCUGUAAAUAACUUGAAUAAGGAUAAUGAUAAGCAAAAGGGUCCCGAUGUAUGUUUUGUAGAGUUCACCAAUGAUGAAUCGAAAGAUAAUAAGGAAUAUUUGUUGGUAGAAUUGGUUGAAGAAGAACAAGACAUAGGUGAUAUAAGAAAUUUAGGGAAGAGAAAACAUGACGAUUACAUGGUUGGUAAGAAAUCUAAUAAAAGAGGAAAGUCACAGAAGGUAUUAGAAGUAAGACCAAGUGAACCAUCGUUAUCAAACCAAA